AACUAAACAAACAGGCAACCUAUAUCCCAGAAAAUUUCCUGUUCAUUUCAUUCCUUGCCGGGGGUAGGUAUGGGUGAGCCGUUCGUUAAUAUCUUCCUAGUUGCUCUUUCUUUUUAACAAAACACUCCUUACAAAAUUCUCUGACUAUUAUAUUAUGUCUUACACAACCCACGUAUUCCCAUGCUUGAUAGGUAUCUAUAGUAAUUCAUUAGUAUGUAGCUAUUUCAAUGUUAUUUGCAGCUUGAGCAAGUGCUGUCGACAGUUGCCUGACAAACGCCAAACCGCGCAAAAGUUUGAAGGCUGCAAAACCGCAUGACCAAGGUAACAGAAUUAUCUACAUAAUCCCAAGAAACAAACAGGGAAUCAAUGUGCUACCUCCUACAAGAAGAAUGUCUGAAGAUUAAGAUAUCCCUAACCAUCAAUUAUUUCUUUGGCAUGGACAUAUAAAAAUAUUCUUGUAUAUCUGUGCCCUCAAUAUUAAGAGCAUUCUAGUUAGCACCCAUGAACCACGAGUAGAAGCAGGAUACUCAUGCAGGGACUACAACAGAUACUUGGUCACUGCGAAACCAAGGGAAUCGUCUAUGAAGCUGAGGUUCUAGCCGAUCCUAAUUGUAGCAACAACACCAGCAACUUCCCCAGCGGCUACUACAGCAGCAGGGACGACAGAACCAAUAGUAGCAGCAGCAGCAUUGACACGAAGAGAACCAGCGGCAGCACCAUCGCCAGCGAUAACAACAAUAACAACAUCAACAACAGCAAUGGCAGUAUCCCUAACGGCAGCGGCCACUCAGCAGCUUCCCCAACGUCUACUACAGUAGCAGACUCGACAUUUCCAAUAGUAGCAGUAGCAGUCACACGAACAGAACCAGCGGCAGCACCAUCAUCAGCGAUAACAACAAUAACUGGAAUGGUAGUACCUCUAACGGAAAUAGCAGCAGAGUCAUUGCCAAUAAUAUCUAUAGCAUCAGUGACAGCACCUCCAUCAAUGACGAUGACCAUAACAACAACAUCUUUACCAACACCAGCAGUGGCGGCACCAAAACCAUCGCCACCUCCAAUGAUACCAACACUAACAGUGCCAGUACCAGCAACAGUGGUAGCAGCAACGCCAACACCAACACAAACAGACACAGCACCGCCAACACCCGACCACGGAGAUACAUCAGCUGCUCCAGGAAUACGAUGAAAACAACGCCUCUCAGACCACAAAUCCUCCUUCAGGCUACCGGAAAGGAGAUUCGUUACGUCAUUAGCCAACCGUGUAUGGCAGCUGAAAGAUAAUGGUAUUCCAUACACAAUAUCAUGGAGAAUCGUAGAAAAUUCAGGUCCUUACAUAAACGGGACCAAGCGUUGUAAACUAUGCAUAGCAGAACAGGCGAGGAUUCUAAAGGACUCCCUCAACCCGAACGAUAGCCAAAGGGAGACAAUCCCCUGUUGUUGACAUUGAGUAGCGAGGUCCUUUCCCCCUCCAUAUUCUAGAGAGCCACUCGUUAGAAAGUUUUUGAGCCAACCGGUUUUGGGAUCUGACGAUACACCAUAAAGCUACACGCUUUAUGGACGUGAAACCCAGGAUAAUCCCAUAAACCGGCUUUAUCUAACUUUAUAUAUAUAUAUAUAUACUCUUUUACUGUCUUUUGUUCGUUUUAGCCAUGCUACUGCGGUCAUGCUGGAGUACCACCGCGGUUUCGCUUAUUUCCUCAGUCUGAGGUGUUUCACAUCACCACUCCUGUAUGUACUUUUGUCCCAGCUGUUAGCUCAUUUGGUGCACUGCCCUCAUCUGUACCUCAUAUCAGGCUCUUCGUUCCUUUUUGAAGACAUCUACUUCCACCUUAUGGAGAUUUCUUCAUUUUUGUGGCAGCGCAUUGAAGAACUGUGGGCCUUGGAACCCCAGGCUUUUGCAGAACCUUUCGGUCGUAAAAGCACUCGACUACAAACAACCACUAGCCGUACAUAAAUUCCCCACCCUACCUUGCUUUAUUCAUAAAUACUUUCUUUUUUCCCCCCAUGACCAAAAAUAUUUCCUCACCCCCUCCCAUCCAAUUCCUCUUUAAAUGCCAACCCCACUAUUGAAUUCUGUGAUUCAACCUACCAGCUGAAACUACUGUAUUAUCUACUACCAUCCUGUUCAAUUCCCCCUUUCUCUCACUCCUCCAUAUUUUAUUUUAUUUUAUUCUAUUUUCUUUUUUUCUUCUUUUUCUUUCUCUUCUUUCUUCCCUUCUUCUAUUACUUAAUUCUCCCCACAUUUAUAUACCCCUCACAUACUGUGCCCUCCACACAUUCUGAUUGAAUCCUCUUUGCGUCAAUACGUACCUCCUUGCGACAAUGUAGCCUUUAAGCUAGUGAAGAUAUCCUUGGCCUGAAGAGUAGCCUGCGGUAUGCACUUCACUUGGAUUUUACCACUUCUGAGGUUCCACUCGCUAUGAAAUAUAUGUACCUCGGAUUUUCUAUACUCUUUUUCGUAACUCUUGUAUUCUUCUUCACACACUCGGCAACCCUGGUCGCCUACCGUGGAAUAUAAAAGAACUUUUUUUAGCUCAUCGUUCUUCAACAAAGGGAAAAAAAUCUGCAGCCUUGCGUCUCAAUAAACCACUAUUGUUCCUGAAAGUUGUUUUUUUAUAUUCACUUCAGAUUACUCGAAGCUAACUUUCUUCCUACACUUCGAUCCCUCGUUCUUAUUAGCAGCUCGUUACCUCAACCGCACGCUGUGUUGUGGUUCACUUCACUGUUGUCUGCGACUUCAUGGUUCACUCCACUUGUCUGUGACGCACUUUGUUCUAUGUUGAUUUUACACGCUUGAUUCUUCACACCACGAGAUUCUUUUCACCCGCGUGUUUUGUUUUAAUUUUUCUGUUUGUUAGUAUAUUGCAUAUUUUCUGUGCUUCUGUGCGUUAGUAUUUUUCUGUGCUUUUUCUGUGCUAGUAUUUUUACAUAUUGUUCAUUUCAUGUUAUUCUUAUCGUAGUUUACAAAUCCAAGUCUGAAAACGUUACUCAACUUUGGAGUUUUGGAAGCAGACGCCCCCUUCACAUACACACACACGCACAUGGAUGCAUAAAUGCACAUAUAAACUUAUAUAUGAAUACAUACAUCCACAUGCACUUAUAUAUUAAUGAUAUACACAAUUACAUGACAGUUAUACAUAAUACUGAAAUACGCAUAAAGUAUGCACAUGCAGACAAAUAUAUUAAUAAAACAAAUUAAAAUAAUUAUAAAAACAUAAAAUCAAUGAAAAGACAAAAGAAACAGUAAGAUGUUGAUUUUAUUACAAUGAACAGGUCAUGUCACAAUGAACUACAAUGAACAGGUCAUGUCACAGACGCUAAGCUAUAAAUUUUACAGGGUACAACCUUAAAGUUGACACGCUUCGCUUAGCGCAGAAAAUUUCUGUCUCGGUAUUGGCUAAAAAUAGAGUUUUUCCUAUUUCUAAACCUCAGCAACUUUUCCUCCAAUUUUUUCUCCACAGCAUCAUACCUUCAUAGCAAUGAGACUACAUUAUUA